CUAACUACUUAAAACAGCAACAAUGCACAGGCUGGUAUUCUGCUGGCUCAUUAUCAUCAGCCUGUCCUGUCCUCUCUCAUCUCUUCCCAUCAGGGACUUCAGUGAGAUGUCCUAUCAGCUCUCGGCAGAGGAUGAUAAUUCAAAAUUAACCCUGGAGCGACUAGAUGCCUUGGGGAGAGCGUCCCUGCUGCAGACCCUGCAGGGGCUCCUGGAUGCACAGAACGAGGAUAGCAAAACAGGUCUCAGCUUUAACAGCUACAGCCCACAGGAAAGCAUGAAAGAGGCCCUCUAUGGAAGUCAUCCGCGACUUGCUCUGCUGAGUCGCCUGCUGGCCAAGGAGAGAAAACAGUACAAGAAACGUGGAAACCUCUCUGAGUGCUUCUGGAAAUACUGUGUGUAACCUACACCGGCGUGUAACCUCUCUGAGCCCAGCUGCUUUAUUUAUACAGAUGUUAACAACUAUCCUGGAAAUGUGUACAUAGAUUUACUUGACUUAAAAGGAGAACAAUAAAAAAAAAUAUGAAGCUGAC